AUGCUAUCCCAACUAGUCCUAGCCCUCGGCCUUGUGGUUCUCGUGGCGGUUUCUUACGGCGCAACCACUGCAUCAGAUCCAAGCUCGUCUUCUCCUUCCUCGACGUCUCCUUCAUCGACGUCUCCUUCCUCGAAGACUCCAAGCACUUCUUCAACACCUUCGACUUCUUCCACUUCUCCGACCACUUCGAAGAGUCCUAGCACUUCUUCGACUUCACCAACGACUUCGACGACAACUCCAACUGCAUCAAGCACGCCCACUUCGUCCAGCACAACCAGUACCUCCUCCACCUCCAGCGACAGUGACACGACUUCCUCGACCUCCACCGAGGUUGACGACCUCAAGGAAAAGCUUCGCAGGCUUCGCAGGUUGAGGCGCCGUGAGCUACGACGAGAGAGGCGUUAUGAGCGCGAGGAUAGACGCGAGGAUAGGCGAGGGGAUAGGCGCCAAUAUAGGCGCCAGGAUAGAAUCCAAUAUAGGCGCCAUGAGAGGCGUUCUGAAAGGAGGCGCAAUCGUUGGGGAUAA